AUGACCGAGACAGAAGUAGAGAUCGUUACCGCGAACUUGACAAGGCUUUAUGUAGAGCCCCCAACCGAUAAGAUACCCGGUUCUGCAUUGGACAAGCAGCCUGCAAGCAUACCCGCAGGCAACAGUUCUCUCGAUGAAUCCAUCAAGGAUGAUCGCGCAUGCGAUUUCGCCAGUAUCACCCCCUCCAAGGUUCCUCAGCUUUCACAAGUUGAUUCCCACGAGGAAGGGGCAGACAGUAUUACCCUUGUCAAGUCACAACUUGCCCAGGCACAGGAAGAACUGCGAAAUAUCGGACAUGAACGAAUGAAACGUCUUGAAAAAGGACGCGUACUCAGGGAGAGACUCAGAAAAUGUGAGGAUGAAUUAAAGCAGACACAGCUCGAGAAGCUACAGCUCGAGCAGCGCGAUAGCGAGUUGCAAGAGUUGGACGGAAGAUGCUCUACGAUCCCUGACGACAUACACUUCGAAAGGAAUCCUCAGGGCGAUUUGACAGUGCAGGUUGUCUUUUCUAGGACGUUCACCUUCACGCCAAAAUACAUCUCUCGAACCGUCACAAGUUGGGACAGAGCCGCUAUUGGCUGCUUGAGACUGGAUGGACGCCUGUACAACGCUAAAUCUGGGAAGACGCGAGAGGAUUUUGGCGACUUCAUUAAUAGUGACCAUUGGACCUCCAAAGCUCAAGACCUUGCCGAGAUGGUCAACAUCAAAACGAAGAAAGGAUUUGCUACUCAUGUAGAGCCACAGUUGAUGGCCUUUUACAUCACCCGCACUCUUUCGGAGUCGGGAUACAGCCUAGAAGACUUCGUCAACACGCCAAUAGUUCCUAUCGAGGAGAGUUGCACAGAACUCAAGAAUAUCAUCAUCAAUGUUAGCGAGCCGAUAUGCGAAAAAUGCACAGAGCGCACCAAAUGCAAAGAGGUCAUGAGCGACCAUUUGUACACCACUCAUCCGCGCGGUUAA